CACUCCGUCUAACUAGACGCGUGGAGGCUCUGCGGUUGCACCGGCUUCUCUGUUGUCCUCUACAUGUAGGAGCUCCUUGUUAUAAUCUGUAGAUGUUUAAUGUCUCUUACUCCUCGGUGGACCAGAGCAUUUUGCGCAGUCUUAACGCCAGGUUGAAAUGCGGAGAAAAGCGGAGACGCGCUCCUUGGACUCACUUCAUUGAUGGCCGUGAGCUUCCAUCACAGGCCCCAUUCUCUGAUCAGUGGAGCUAGUUCCUCAUAUGAAAAUGGUCCGAUGAAAUAUAGUUUCAGACGACGAAGGUUUUGUUUUUCCGCGUAAAGGUCAAGACUGUGUUUGGAAAAUAAAGAUGAAGAUUUGGAGCACGGAACAUGUUUUCAGUUACCCAUGGGAGACAGUGAUCAAGGCCGCCAUGAGGAAGUACCCCAACCCCAUGAACCCUAAUGUGGUCGGGGUGGACGUGCUGGACCGCAGCCUGGACACUGAGGGACGUCUGCACAGCCACAGACUCCUCAGCACAGAGUGGGGCCUACCGGGUAUUGUGCGAGCGAUACUAGGAACCAGCCAGACACAGACGUAUGUGAAGGAACAUUCCAUAGUCGACCCAGAGGAGAAGAAGAUGGAGUUGUGCUCAACAAAUAUUACUCUUACCAACCUCAUAUCAGUGGAUGAGAGGCUUCUUUACAGACCACACCCAGACAACCCUGAGGUUACUGUGUUGACCCAGGAGGCCAUCAUUACAGUCAAGGGAGUCAGUCUAAGCAGCUACCUGGAGGGGAUGAUGGCCAGGAGAAUGUCAGCUAACGCCAGGAAGGGUUGGGAUGCUAUUGAGUGGAUUAUUCAGAACUCUGAAAGAGAGAACGUACCUCUCUGUGACAUUUACUAACUCUGGGCUACAGCGCUACAGUGAUGACUACUCUCCUUGGCUACACCUCAUAAACCACUGGGGAUCCUCAGCAUCUCGGGAUCCUCUGCAGUUGGUACUUAAACUGUCUGGGGAGGUUGUAUGGAUUUUCACCCCCCCCACUCUCUCUGUCACCUCUGGACUACAUGCACUGGAAGCUCAGACAGUCAAAUGCUGCCAAAGCUGAUGAGGAAGCAUGAGAGCGAAAGCAUGGUAGAAUAGGAUUUAAAGGAUGCGGUUGGUGUCGUUCAUUAACCCAUCCCAACCCACCCAACAGCCAUUCAAAUUUUUUUCCUACUGAGGAAACGGAGACAGUUUCUUUCAGUGAUUAAUACACUUUCCUGCUGAAUGACCACAAGGUUUGUUGUGUGCUGUUAAGUUUACCUUCUGUAAAGAGGGCGUAUCAGCUUUAUGAACAUACCAAACUUCACUGGUUUGAAUAUUAUAUUACUGCCCCAUAUUUACUUUGAUCUCACAUCAUAGCUUCAGUUUUGAAAGGUACUUGUGGCAGAAGAUGGAUGCAAUAGGGAGACAUGCACACAAUUUUUUGGCAAAUUACAGUACAAUAUAAUAUGCAACAAACUUCAUAACUUUAUUUUACCUGAUGUAAUUAUUCUGUAAUGUCAAAUACCAGUGACUCCUAUACUAGGAGUUAAAACCAGAGAGUUGUUAUUGGUGCUUAUUAUGUGUUUCAAGAGGCACAAACUGUAGAUGAUAUGUUUGCAUGAUAGUAGUAAAGAAAAAAAGGGGGUAGCCAGCUAGCUAGACAGCUAGCUAUGAUUACUAAUGCAGCUUUAGAUUACAUUUAAUUACAAGAAAUGAUAGUGUUUAUAUCAGAAAAAGGAUGGGAAUGUACCAUUAACAUUGCCUUCUUCUUCUGCUGUCAAGGCAUCAAUACACUGGCAUCUUUUUGAUGUAAAAUUGAUGGGCAGUAUUGCCUGAAACCAGCAGAUUUGUAACUGUAAAUGAGGAAGAUGAAGAUGACAGACUCCGCUUUUGUGAUCAGUGUGGUAAAAUGAUGGAUAGACUGUCUUUGUGAUAGAAUUACCUAUUUAUACGGCCUUAAAACGACGCCUGUGUGUUAUUGCUUUGGCAGCAGUGUCAUGCCUUUUCCAGUCCUACACAUCAUGCUUCCAAAUGUUGAACUACUCCAUAAAGACUACCUGUGAGGCCCUGAGGAGCAGGGCCGUACUGUAUGUGCAAUGCUGCAGUGGGAAAUGCACACCAUGACUUACAUAGUUAAAAUGAAUAAUAUUUACAUAAUAUUUGUAUAAAUACUAUUUAUUUAAAUACGUUGCAUAACAAGCAGUGAAUCAUUACAUUGUUUAUAUCAUGUCAUGUAAAAAUAUUUCAUUUGCUUUUUAAAUUUAGUUUUAACUUCAAGUGUUGUCCUACUGCAACAAUAAAAACAACUGUUUGAGAAAUUUUCA